AUGGAUUGCGAUAAUAGCUCAAUCCUUUCUACAGGCGAGAUAACGAUUAAAUUCCCGUGGCUUUGGUUGAAACCAAUAUGGUACUUGACAGGAGUUGGUUUCGAAUACGACCAUCUCGUUAAGCUUACAAAUGACUUCACUAGAAGCGUUAUCGCUCGAAGGAAACAGAAUAUGGAGAAGGAAGGUCUACUAGAGAAUAAUGUCGGAAAUGGCCGUAGGGAGAAGCUGGCAUUCUUGGAUCUUUUGUUGAAAGCGCAACAUGAAAAUCAACUUAGUGAUGAGGAUAUCAGAGAAGAAGUUGAUACUUUUAUGUUCGAAGGCCAUGACACAACAUCUAGUGGUAUCGGAUUCACAGUUUGGUGGCUUGGAUUAUCGGAAGAUUGUCAGAGAAAAGUCCAUAAGGAGCUCGACAGCAUAUUUGGUGGAUACUACAUACAUAAAUUGCAAUCUCCAACGUUUGAGGACAUUAAACAAAUGGUGUAUCUUGAGAAGUGCAUAAAGGAAUCGCUACGACUUACUCCUUCCGUACCUCUAAUUGCGCGAAAGCUUGUUGAGGAUGUUGUUGUUGGUGAGACGACGCUUCCUGAAGGGCUUACCGUUGUUGUUGUGCCAGUAACUACAGCAAGAGACUCGCGAUAUUGGGAGAAACCGGAUGAGUUCUAUCCAGAACAUUUUGAUGCUGACAAAUUAGCAGGAAGGGAUCCAUUUUCUUACGUACCAUUUUCGGCCGGACCUCGAAAUUGCAUAGGCCAGAAGUUUGCGAUACUUGAGGAGAAGGCCGUUCUUUCAUGGAUGUUUCGUCGCUAUAACGUGGUUUCUCUGGAUCCAUUCCCAGAAAAUCGACCUAUUCCUGAACUAAUUCUGAGACCAAGCAAAGGAAUUCGUGUUAGGCUAACAAAGCGCAGAGCCCAGAAUUAUUGA